UAGAGAGAGAGAGAGGGAGAGAGAACAAGAGGAAGUGGAGGGGCAAUUGCACAGACACCCACACAGUGCCGAUACCAGCGAUGCAGAGUUUUAGGUCGGGGGCUGAAGAGAGGGUCCGCGUAUAAUCCUGGGAGCUCUGCUCAUGUGGCAUCGGGAGAAAGGAGAUAGGUUGAUUGAGUAACGUUAGAAAGAAGUGCACACGCACACGCACACACACACGCAUACACACACACACACACACACACACACACACACACGCAGAGCAGAGAAGGGAGGAGAGAGGAGGAACAGGAGAGGAGGAGCAGGAGAGGAGCAGGAGCCGAGAGACAUGUAGAUGCUCCGUCUUACGACACAAGGCUGCGAUGGACGCACAGUUCCAGACCCGCCGUGACACUCGGGUGUCCUCCACAGCGGAGGCGUUCCGUCUCCUUCUCCGCACCCCAGUUCCCUCUGGUGGUAAUCUGAUCGAGCUUCUCCUGAGUUAAUGAAGAAUGGCCAUUGCUGGGAGAAAAGAUGCCGGAGAUGGCACAGACAGGCCCGGAGAUGUGAGCCGUUCCACCAGCAUCGAGCAGACUUGGAAGUCUCGGCCGCCACCACUAGUUCCAAGGGAAGUUUGAUGACAUCUUUAUCUUUCUCUCUCUCUCUCUCUCUCUCUCUCUCUCUCUCUCUCUCUCUCUCUCUCUCUCUCACUCUUAACAAAUAGUUUGUAAGGAACCUAGCUAAUGAAAGGGACCCGGCUAAUGAAAGUGUCAGCCAUUGGAGAACACUGGUAAUGGCAGCAUUUAGCAAGGCUGUCUUACACUGUAGCGUGUUGGGUUAUAUCUGCCACGUAACUUGUUUGCGGCUAAUUUGCCGCCUUCUUUCCACAAGAGAUGGAUGUUGGCCAUUCUCUGCUCGCUGACAUUCACACAGGACUGAACCGAAAGAGAGGGGCCAAGCCAAAAUGUUUUGAGAUUAUGGAACCCCAUGAGAAACAUUUGAGCAGGACCAAGCCUCGUGUGUCCCCAGAGGCUUUUAAGGACCGAGAGAGUGGCGGUGUUCCAGGUCCCGGAAUACAGAAGGAAUACAGAAAAAAAAAAACUUGGGCGGAGGAGGAAGGACACAACCCAAAAUAAGACGGACUGAAAGGGAAAGUCUUCCCCCUUUUCCCUGGCGGCUCUGACGCAGGUCGGCUGACGUAAACGGUCGUGUAGAAACGGCAGAUGAAGCCCAGCUCUGGGCUGUCAUAGCGGAGUCCUCCAGCCCCCCGACCCUCUUCUGAGGGAGCUCACCUCAACCAGGUGCCAUAAGGACCUUCUCGCCAGGGUAUGUCUCUGAUGUAAUCUGGAACGCCUCUCUAUUGUACCAGGAUGUAAGAUUCAUGGACUGAGCACACAACCAAAACCAUCCCAGAGUGCUACACUUCAAGGACAUCAAAGCAAGAACUUCUUGUUUCUUUCAAGUCAUUCUUUUUGACAAGUCCAGAAGAGUGGGAAAGAUGAAACAGAGGAAACUUACAUUUGGUGACAACUUAUUUGCAAAAUUCAAUAAGUGAACUUUGGGGACUUUUGUCACAUGGACAGAUAAGUGCGAGGCUGCUAUAUAUACAUAUAUAUACAUAUAUAUACAUAUAUAUAUACAUAUAUAUACAUAUAUGUAUAUGUGUAUAUAUGUAUAUGUAUAUAUAUAUGUAUAUAUAUAUAUAUAAACCCACAGGAGCCAACGGCUCCUACACACAGUGAUAGCGUAAUUAAUUAACCUGAGCAAUGAAAAUGAAAGAGAUUACAAUGGUUUUCAUGCAUAUUCAUCUCCUCUUUGGAGUUGCUGGCUCUCUUGUUAUUCACUCCAUGCCAUGGAGGGUACCCUGCCCUCACCAGUGUGUGUGUCAAAUCAAGCCCUGGUACUCGCCUCAAUCAGUGUACAGAGAGGCUCCUACAGUUGACUGCAAUGAUCUGCUGCUGACGCAGCUACCCACCGCCCUCCCUACAGAGACUCAGACUCUAAGGCUGCAGAGUAACCUCAUCAGCUCAGUGGACAAGAACGAACUCCAGGGUCUUGCAAAUCUGACUGAGUUGGAUCUCUCGCACAACAGUUUCAUCAGUACCCAUAACCUAAGAAUCACUGACCUGCCAACUCUUCUCAGCCUUCACAUGGAGGAAAAUCAGCUAAGACGCUUGCCUGAAGCUGCUUUCUCUGGCCUACCCAGCCUUCAGGAGUUGUAUCUCAAUCACAACCGAAUUAGGAGCGUCUCUCCUGGAGCUUUCAAAGGUUUAAAUAAUCUUCUGAGACUUCAUCUCAACUCUAAUCAUCUUGUGAUAGUUGACAGGCGCUGGUUCCAUGCUCUGCCUCAAUUGGAAGUCCUCAUGAUCGGAGGAAAUCCAGUGGACACAAUCCAAGAUCUCAAUUUCAAACCUCUGGGAUCUUUGCGUAGCCUGGUCCUGGCAGGCAUGGGCUUGCGUGAGAUCUCAGAACGAGCUCUAGAGGGGCUUCUGAACUUGGAGAGCAUUAGCUUCUAUGACAACCACCUGACCAAAGUUCCAAAAGAGGCACUGCAGAAACUGCCAGGCCUAAAAUUCCUGGACCUGAACAAGAAUCCAAUCCAACUGGUGCAGAGAGGAGACUUCAGGGACAUGCUUCACCUGAAGGAGCUUGGUUUAAACAACAUGGAGGAGUUGGUCUCCAUUGAGCAAUCAGCAAUGGAAAACCUGCCUGAGCUUACCAAGCUGGAAAUUACCAACAAUCCACGACUGUCAUACAUCCACCCUCAGGCUUUCCGGAAGCUUCCAAGUAUGGAAAGUCUGAUGCUCAAUAGUAAUGCAUUGAGUGCACUGCAUCGCCAGACUGUGCAGUCUCUGCCAAGCUUACAAGAGAUCAGCCUACACACCAACCCGAUUCGCUGUGACUGCCUCAUUCGCUGGGUUGGAGCAGAGGGUGACAAACCGGUCCGCUUCAUUGAACCUCAGUCUACAUUCUGCUCAGAGCCCCCCGAAUUAAAAGCCAGGAAAGUGAAAGAAGUCUCCUUUAGAGAGAUGGCAGAUAGCUGCUUGCCUUUGAUUGCCCCAAGCAUGUUUCCAUCGUACAUUCAAGUCAAACAUGGGGAUAACAUAGCUCUACACUGCCGUGCACUGGCAGAACCAGAGCCACGAAUCUACUGGGUGAUUCCAAAGGGUUUGAAGUUAACUCACUCCGUUAGCUUUGGACGAUACCAGCUUCUAACAGAAGGCACUCUGGAGAUUUUUGGGGUCACUCCAGAGGAGGCCGGGUUUUACACUUGUGUUGCACAGAACCUGGUUGGGGCAGACACGAGGAGCUUGACACUAAAAGUGGAAGGAGCAAGCAGGGUUCACACGACAAGUCCUCAAAGAAGCGGAGACAACCUUGCGGUGCGAGAUAUCAAAGAGCGAUAUGCACUGCUCAGUUGGCAGGCUGGCCACAACGUUCCUGCUGCCCGGCUCUCUUGGAUGGCCAACAGCAGCCUGGAAGGUCAUCACAGGCAUAGCAUUCGAAUACUGGCUGGCACUAGGGGCUUCAACCUCACGCGUCUCCAACCCGGAACCCAUUACAACGUUUGUCUGCAUAUGGGGCCAAACGACACCUCCUGUGUCCAUCUCAGGACUAAGGAGGUGCUCUCGCCAGCUCCUUCGCCAGACCUAACUCCCGCAGUCCUCCUGGCUGUGGCAGCUCUGCUCCUCCUUCUGGUGGCCAGGGCUUGUCAAGGGGGAACGGCGCUCAACUGGAAAGUGCAGGCACUGGAGUUGGAGAAACCUCCUACCUGCAUGUUGACCAAGGAGACAAAGGCAUUCAUGGAUCCAGCAGGGCCUCUGAAGAAGCCAGUUCAGCAGAAUGGAAAUAAAACGUUGUCAGAGCACUGUGGAAAGGAGGUCGGUAAUGCUCAGGUGUGCCACGAUGCACAGGAGCCAACAAAAGAAGCAUGUUGAGAGCCCACAGCUGCGCAAAGAGGACGUGUCACUGAAACCAUAUAAGCUUUGUAAAGCUACUCACAGUACAGUUCCCAGACAGUCACAACUAACAGCCAACUGCAACUUUACUUGCCAGAUCUGCAUUACAAAGAGAUUGUUCAAGUUAUAAGUGCAGUGAUGUAAUAACAGAGAUUUCAUUUUUAUUUAUUUUAUAAUGAAAAUGAUCCAGUACAUACAGUACAUAUAUGUAUAUUGAAAGCAUUUGUUCAUGUAUUCACAUACAGCAUACACAGGAAGUUGAAGGAAUAGUGGCAGAUGUAAGAGAAUUAUUAUUGAUUCUGUUUGUAAGCAACUUUAUAACACUGUAAUGACAACAGAGCUGAGGGUUGCCAGAUAAUGUGAAGUACUUAUAUGUUUUUCAUACUGGUAUAGAGACUUGGCAGACGGGCAAACAAUUCAGUGGAAGACAUUCCAAGACUCAACUUUGUGGCAAAAGGUGAGGAAAGAGAGAUAAAAUAGAAUGCUCUCCAGGUUAAAGACUAAAUAUCACUUUUAUAUUUUUAAAAAGAUAUGAUAUAGAUCUAUUUGAGAAUGAAGAUGAUGUCUAAAAGUAGGCACUGAAAGAACACACAAAAGAAAGAAAGGUAUUUUUAAUAACCACACAUCCAGUAUUUCUUUUUGAUAAAAAUGGGCUAAAUUGAGCACAGAACGGGAAGGUCCAGAUCUCUCGAGAGGUUGAUUCAUUUCAGAAAAGAAUGUAUGCAAGGCCAGCAGGCCGGAGUGACCUCUCCUCCAUAAUCCACGCAUCUGUACAUUUGACAGACUCACACACACACACCUGUGGGUUAAUUAUAGCUCUGCUCAGGUGGAGAUCCCGUCUUUCUUUGUAUUCCAAACAAACAAACAAACAAACAAACAAACAACAACAAGAAACAGCUCUGCCAAAAGACUGAUUGGCAGCUGACCUCCAGCCUUGGCUCAAUGUGCCUGUCCGAACUUCGGUUCAACGUGGGACACAAAAGUGAAAGAGUCUGUGGAAGAAGAGUGAGGAGCAUCUGCGGACUCGUGCAUGGGCACCGACUCGUCCCGGUUCCAGCACUGCAGGUCCACGAAUAGUCAGUGCAGAAAUGCUCUCCUUCUCAUGUCCUGUUCUCUGGGGGUAAAAAAAAAAGUUUUCCUUCUUUCUCAAAAGUGGAAAGAUAGACAUUAACCUGCCACACAGCUAACUGGGACACACUCGACGGAAAGAUAAUUCCAACACUUCUCUGUGUAAAAAGGAGGAGACUGAAUACAAAUGUUUUGUUUUUUUUCCUUAAGAGCUUGUCAGGUGACUUUAUUCAGUGCACAGCACUGAGCAUUCAUCAAACUAGGGGACUCCUCACUAGUGAGUGACGUGCACGGCAGGAAGGUGAGAAAGUCCCUCGUUUGCUAACUGUCCGGGCACUGAGGAUCACGAGCCCCGCUCCUAUCACUUCUCGAGUGUGGGAAACCACCAUUUUCUACAGUACGUCAUUUAUGGUAAUCCUGCAUUUGUUUGAGUUUUGUCAGUUUGUGGUCGAUGUGCCCCCCUUGUUUCGCACUCUAACUGUCUCCGCUGCUAGCAUUCCUUUCCAUUUGAUAUCAUGUGUUGGCUACUGAUUCUUUUCUAUCAUGUCAAAGCUGUACAUACAGUAAAUCUACCGGCAUUUCUUAUUCAGUGCUCCACUUCACUUUCAGAAAUAAUUUAGAUGAUUGUGUGUUAAAUUCUAUUUUGAGGUAUCAUUAAAUCAUUUUGGACUGAUAA